AUGCUUAAUUUACUUGAUCUUAUUCCACCAGAAUUAAUACCAUUUAUUACGAAGUAUCUUCCGAUUCAAGAUCUUAAAAAUUGCUAUAGUCUAGAUGAAAUAUGGAAAACCGAAGCUAUUAGAGAAAUUCGCAAAAGAUUAAUAGUGGACUGCUCAUUCAUUGAUAGUAAAACAACUGUUAAAGCACUUAUUGAUCCCAAAUCCCAGUAUAAUAGUAUCAGUAAAGCACUUGCCCGAAAAAUGGAUUUAUAUAUAACAAGGAUGGAUGGAUCUAAAUAUCCAGCGGUAGAAGCUCUUGGUGUUGGUGUGACAAAUGCUGGUAAGAAAGUGAUGGUAGGGGGGUGGCUUCGUGAUGAAGAAGUUUCUAUUUCUUUACCCAAUAUCUUUGAC